CCGCGCUGGUCGCUACCCGGACGCGCUCGCUCGCCUGCCACUCGCGAACACAAACUUCGCUCGCAACGUGCCCGGCUCACACAUCGCGAACUGAAAAUAAAACAUAACACCCACCAACCAGCGUGAGACGACUCGGCAGACGGAACCGCUUAAAACUCGUAAAACCCGCGGCACGCGCUCCCAAGUCGUAAAAUAAUCGUAAAAAGUAAACACACGUCAACUGGCCUUUAUCGCCAACGAAGCCCAUUAUGACGCUCGAGUGACGUUUAAGAGGCAAUAAAAUUAAUAAAGGUUAAUAUUCACUGUCUGUAUUUGGAGUGACAUUGGCGGAGGUCGCGUUAUCACGGCGCGUGGGACCGCGAUGACAUAAGUGCUGUCUUCUAAGUGAAGUUGGUGACGGUGACUGUUCAUGAUGAACUCUUACUUCGAGCAGGGUGGUUUUUACGGGGCCCACGGGGUGCACCAGGGGAGUGGCGGAGGAGACCAGUACCGAGGGUUUCCUCUAGGACUAACUUAUGCCCAGCCGCACGCACUGCACCAGCCGCGGCCGCAGGACUCGCCGUACGAUGCAUCAGUGGCGGCGGCCUGCAAACUUUACGCUGGAGAGCAACAGUAUGCCAAGGCAGAUUGUUCCAAGGCCGGAGGAGAGCAACAGAAUGGCUAUGGAGGCAAGGAGGCCUGGGGCUCCGGUCUGGGCGCGCUGGUGAGACCGGCAGCCUGCACCCCAGAGGCGCGAUACAGUGAGUCCUCGAGUCCAGGCAGAGCCCUCCCCUGGGGGAACCAGUGUGCACUCCCAGGUUCCGCAGCAGCCGCAGCGCAGCCCGUCCAGCAUCAACCCACCAAUCACACCUUCUACCCUUGGAUGGCCAUAGCAGGUAUUUACGAAAGAGCGAACGGUCUCAGAAGGCGAGGGAGACAAACGUACACGAGAUAUCAAACGCUAGAGUUAGAGAAAGAGUUCCACACGAAUCACUACCUAACGCGGAGGAGACGUAUCGAGAUGGCGCACGCACUUUGUCUCACGGAGCGACAAAUCAAAAUAUGGUUCCAGAAUCGAAGAAUGAAAUUAAAGAAAGAAAUCCAGGCUAUAAAAGAGUUAAACGAGCAGGAGAAGCAGGCGCAGGCGCAGAAAGCGGCGGCGGCAGCCGCGGCGGCCGCGGCGGCGGCGCAGGGCCAUCCCGACCACUAAGCCCACCAUACAUAAUAACCAGUGAUACCUAUAUAAAUUCGCAGUCCGCCGAACAGUCCCUAGAAUUGUGUUUGUAAAUUGUUUGUAAUUAUUUUUCGUUAUUUAAGUGUUGUUCGGUUGUUGUGAUUAUUUUUUUAAAUUAAUUUUUAACUAGACACAAUGUUUUCUAAUUGAACGAACAAUAAACUGUUGAAUGCUAGAAUAGAAACGGGUCGUAUUAUUUUGUGUUUCGGGUGUUUUGUUUUUGUUGAUUUAUUGAAUUAUUUUAUAUUUUAAUUCGCGCUAUCGUCGAAGAUGUUCGCGUUCGGAAACCAGUGCAAUUUGUAGAAAUCUCUUCCGUGUAACAUAGUGUAGGAGUAUCGUAGUGCGUUUUACGUUUUGUGCGACCGUAGCGCCCCCAGCUCGACAGCGGCGGCGAGACGAACUAUUAUUACAUUGUACAAAUUUAAUAUGCCUACCAAAGAGACCCGGUCUCGUACCCUUAAUGUCUAAGUAAGAAAGAGUCGUAAGUUAAAUUAAUUACCUGCUGUCUUUCUAAAUAUCGGACUCAUGUGUGAAACAGAAUAACCUUCCGCGCCAUCUUAAUCCUUCAAUACUCUCGCAUAAGUUUAUAGUGUAAACGUGAUCGUGUUCCUGCAGUUUUAAUAGUCGGUGAAGUUAAACAAAUUGCCAUAAAUAUAAGUAGGUAUUAUUUAGAGUAGCCGUGUAAAUAGUUAGGGUUAUGUGUAUGGAAGUGAGCGGUUGACGAUGCGUCGGCGCGCGGUGCACGGCGCGCGGCGCGAGCGCAGUGGAAUGGUCAGAAAAAGCUUCGGGGAGAGUGCGGGCGAGAGCAGGGGAGCGGGGCGCGGCGGGGGAGCGCGCGCCGCCGGCCACCGAACAGGACUAGGUGGUCGUCGCGUGUAAAGCGUUCUCAAUGCUUUGGUAGGUUUUAGAACAUAAAACGUAAGUUAGCGCGCUCCAAGAUGAAAACUCUGUCUUUCAAUGUGAAUUGUAAGGUUUUCGAUUGUCACCCUGCUAGCCUCUACAGUUUGACGUACAAAAAUCAAGAUAUCAAAGUCGAUCGUCGAAUAAAUUUUUGUGCCAGCCCACACGAACGCUUAGGCAAUCGACUGCCGAAGAUUUAUUGUCAAAAUUUCCCGUUAGUAACGCUUCCCGAGCACACUCCGCGUAUCACUAUUUCACAAAUAAAAGAACCAGUCGCGAUAUCAUCGUCGACUAUAAAUUAUAUGAAGCUCGGAUGAAAAAUACGCGGUUUCGUGUCCGCUUAUUUAUCGCUUAGCUUGACUUAUGUAUGAAUACAUUAUCGGAGACGAUAUUAAAUAGAAUUAUCGAUUAAUAUUAAUCAGCUUCUGUCGAUAUGUUACGUAAACAGCGAAGGAACGGGCUGGGUGUGCACAUGUGGAAGUGUCUAGAAUGUGCUGUAGAUGGAGCCAUUAGAAAGCGCGGGCUGCCGAUGUCCGGGACAUGGUGUUAGUUGCGCGAUUGUCGCUAUCGCGCCGGCUGAUCUGCUAUCGGGCUGCAUCGGCACAGUGGCUGCUCGCGCUAGGAAUAGGUUGAGUUCCCGCGUUCCCGUGAUAUAUUGUUCCGCAUCUCCCUGUAUAAAUCUUGAACGCCUGCUGAGGUACACGGGACACGGCCGCCGCUCCACAGCGCCGAGCUUCAAAUGGAAUUGUGUUUUUAUUUAUCGUGCGAAUCGUGCCCCACUAUCGCUCACUCGAAAUCGCACUUUAUCUGCCAAAACGCGGAGUUGGAUCGGCGCGCGUUUAACAGCUCUAUGUAGUUACUUUUCAAGACCGGUUUAUGUGCGCACAUAGUUUUUGUCUAAAAUGCUCUAGUUUUAUUAAAACCGAUUUAUUCAGUGUAUACGAUAUGCAACGUGUUUUGAAACUUGCCACAAACAUUUAGCCGUCACGUGUGAAUCGAGUGGGGGCAACAUUACAAAUUUUGAAAUACUCAACUUAUUGUAAUAAUAAUAUAGCACGUUCUCUGUAGUAUUUGAACUUUCAUAUUUCAUAUUAAUGUUUAUGAGAAUAUCUUGUUGAAAUAUAUUUUUACUUCAAUACAGAAUCUGAAAACUUAAAUCUACUGACGAACAGAAGUUUUGAAUAUUUAAUGUUACUGCAGUAAACGUGCUACUGUUUAAUGUAAAUAUUAAGACUAGCGUAGUAUCUAUUUGUAUGUGAAAUCUGAUGUACAACGUCUGUAUACGUUUCAUGACAUACAUGAUAGUGAUACUUUAUAACAGACUAUAGCUUACUUAAUUUUGUGCUGGCCUGGCGCGUGUGGCUAACAUUUUUAAUUUUAAAGCUGAAAAUAGACCAAAAUUCUUCCGCAUCGUACGCGCUGUCAGAAUUUUCAGUUUUUAUUGGAAUUAUGACAGAAUGAAUAAGGUUAAUAUUUGUUUUUUAAAUUGCAAAAUUCUGAUGACGUCAUAGAAAGAAUUCGACGCGUAAUUUCACUGGAUUACUUGUCAAUGUUACUGGAAUAUUUAUUUAAAAUUAAUUACAAAAAUCGACUUUUCUGUUCUAUAGUACCUAGUGAUUAUAAUACAUACUUAUAAAAUUGUAAAUUCUGACAGCGAGUUCAAUGCGGAAGAGUUUUGAUUUGUUGGCACCUCAAUAACACGAGCAAUAUUUUAAUAAAUAAAUGGAUUAAUAAAUGGUCUGAUUCUUUUAAAGGCGGAUUUCCUGACAACUCUUAUGGCAUCGAAAAUCACAUAAGUUUAUACCGAUAUCAAAAACAGCCCAUGACUACAAUCUAUUUAUAAAAUUGAGAAGAAACGCGAACAUAAUAGUGAUUAUAUUUAUUAUCCAAAAGUUAACACAUAGUAUACUCGUUUGAUUUAGGUAUUAGCCAAAUAAGCAUGAAAUCCUAUACGAGCUGUCUUUAUGAAAUCUCUACAGUGAAUAAUAAGAAGCGAAACAUUUGAUAAACAAUAUAGUGAGAAAUAGACAAUGUAAAAAUACUUAGUACCACAGCGUCAUGCCAGAGAUCCUAAAUACGUAACUACAAAAGCUUUAGAAUGAAAAAUAUUCCAUUCAUUAGUCGAUAGCUUAACUUAUUAUUAGAACAAAUAGUUUACCUAUAGUCAGAUAAAAAUGACAACAAUCAAAACUAGUUGUGCCCAGUAUACGAAUAGCUAAUAUUAUUAAGUAAUAAUGUAAUUUAUUUUAAGAUACAGUAGUGGUAAUAUUUUUGGAUUCCUAUAAACAUAUACGUAAUUUUUUCUUCUGUAAAUCAUAGGGUGACGCAAAAUUUGGUCGAGAUUCUUUCCAUCUUUUUUAAAGAUUUUGGAACGUGCCAAAUUUAUUUUAUAUUUUACGGUAUUUACCUCUGAAUGUUCCUUGUUUUUGUAAUACGUUUUUUACCAAGGCAGUUAAGAAAAUCAAUACUGAUUUGCCAUUUUCCACAGAAAGAAUCUGCGUUCAAGUUUUCAGUCGGUUUUGUUACAUACUGUAUUGUAAAUAUUAUAUACUUACUAUUUAUAACGCAUCUUUAUAGAACUUACAUUUCUGAAAUCAAAAUUGAACACUUGUUUUUUUAUCACUGAAUUUUAGUUUGAAUUUAGAAGGUUUAGCUGUCAUCCAGUCCAAUAUAAUUAUAUUCGAUAUAAAAAGCUCACGGAUAUACGUAAAUUUUGUCCUUAACAAAGCAUUUGUCAAACGUAAAUAUUAGGUAGGCCCAAUUUAUUGUAAUGUAACAUAAUUAUUAAUUAGUAAUAUGAAGAGAAAUACUUAAACCGAGGGAGUCUAGUGUAGCAAUGAUUUAAAUGUUUGUGUUUCAUGAUCGUAUUGUGUGCAAAGUGUAAUAAUGUUCUAUUACCUAUCAUCAUUAUGAGUGGAAAGCGAUAUUAUGAUUUUUUUGUACAAUAUCGGCUAUAGUGCGAAAUGGAUCUGCAUUAAAUAAAAUUCUGUUACUGUAUA